GAUAACCACAGAAACUAUAAAAUGACUUCAUUAGAUCUAUGCAAAAUACAAGUCUUCUUCCAUGAAUAUAUAUUUUUUUAGAACAUAUGCCUUUAUCAUCAAAACAAAAUAAGGCACAAGGGACAUUUCAGUCAAAGUUUUUAUCACCACAGAAUAUUGGCAGUAUUGUCAUAGAGUUAGAGGACGCUGAAAGAAGUUUAUUAGUAGGGAUAAAGACGCGUGUUGUACGAGAAAUUUAACUAAGAAGGAUUUACGGUGCAAAAAAACUAGAAAAACUUUAGUUUUCGUGCGUAUUUCAAUGGGAGCCCCCGCUACUAGAGGGAAACCAAAACGCGGAGCUGCCAGCGCAAGAGGUGUAGUGAAAAAAGGAAGAGGCGGUCGUGUCCUUAACGGUAUACCGGCGCCAUUUAGAAAUCCUGGGAUGAUGAGGGCCAGAGGUCCAGGACCCAUGCGUGGGGGAAUGAGACACCCGAUCCCACCUCCAAUGCGCGGUGGCAGGCCACCCAUGAGAGGAAGGCUUCCUAUGCCUCCUCCGAUGAUGGGACCCGGUCCUAGAGGCCCACCGCCCCCUGGAAUGAGACCGCCGCCUCCCGGUAUGAGAUUACCACCUGGGUUAAGGCCGCCACCACCGCCUAUGAUGAUGAUGAGGCCUCCCAUUCCCCCGCUUCCAAUGAGAGGAGCAUUCAGAGGUGGCCCAAGAGGCAAACCAAGAUUUCCCUCAUUUAGAGGCGUUAAUAAGCGGGGUAAAAUAAUAAAAAAAACUCGACCAAGUAUGAAAAACAUUGAUUUGACAAAACCAUGGGUCAGCGAGGCAAUCAAAGCAGAGUUUACAAAGAAGGAAGAACUCCUGGCAGCUGCAAAAACAUCUCAAAGUCAGGAUGACUGGGCAAAGUACCGAGAGCAAAGAGAGAAGUGCAGUAAAGUAUACCAAGAAGCUGAGACACAGAACGCUGGGGAGCAGGAGGACUCCAACAUUGAUCCAAACGACUAUAUUCACCAGGAGGAUGAAUUGUUUGACCGUGCCAUCGAAUAUAGUGAUUACGACGAAGAAUCAAAUUUUUGUUGCGAUACUUGCGAGAAACAUUUCUUUACAACGGAGCACUAUAACAAGCACAUGUCCGAACAUGUCACCUGCAAUUUGGACGGCUGCACAUUUACGGCUCACGAAAAGAUCGUUGAAAAACACGUGAGGAUGCAACAUGCGACCGGGCUCUACGAAAAAAUUAGAAACGUUAAUAGUCCUGAAGAUAUAGCCAAAUGGAUAGAAGAGCGCAAGAAAAAUUAUCCAAAUAGGGAGAACAUUUUAAGGCGAUCUAACGAGCAACAGAUUAGGAUGGAGAAAGGCGGAAGAAUAGAGAAAAAUAAGAAUUUGUUCGGGAACAAUAGGUAUAGAUUGGAACAUUCCCAGGCGAGAUCGACGAUUAAUAAACACAACAGAAAAUUCCAAAAAAGAAAAGGUAGGAGAUCCAAACCGGUUAAAAAAGUUUCUUUAAUUGAUGAAAAAGCCGACUGGAAUGGGUCGAUGUACCCAUUUACUGGUACUUCUGAGCUUUAUAAGGAAUAUUUGGAAGUAGAAAAGAGUGAUUAUGAAGAUGAUGAGUGGGAGAACACUAACAAAAUGAAUGUGACACCAGUACCCAAAUUAAAUAGCGCCCUAAGUACUCUGAUGGGAGCUUAUGCCUCAGAUGAUGAGUACAAUGAACCACCACAGUAUAAUGGUGCUGCCAAAGGAAACCAUUCCGCCUCUCUUAAUAAAAAUAUUCUAGAAAAUUCGAAGGAUUUACAAAAAGAAAAAGAGCUAAGUGAUUGCGAAGCACCUGAUGAGAUAGCAAUUGUGAAAAAUAUUUCACCUCCAGAUAUUGAAUCAGAACCACCUAGUAAACCAACUACCGCUAGUAAGGUAUCAUUGUCUAGACGCAAAAAUGCAAACGUAAAAAGGUUGGAGAGGAAUGACAAUAGGUUAAAGGUUCGAGGGAGGGAAGUAACUGAUAAUUUUCCGUACAGCAGGUUUAGAAAACGAAAAGUGACACUUUUGGAAAGGUUAUUGGAAAAUGAAAUAAGACAGGAACGUAAUGUUCUUUUACAAUGUGUUAGAUAUAUUGUACAAAAUUCCUUUUUGAAAAAUUCGUGAUUUAUGUAUUACAGUUCCUGUAGACUUAAUAAAUACUGUGAUUUGACUAAACUUUAUGAAUGUUAUGAUUUUUUUUGUUAUUAAAAACCAUCUUUUAUACCAAGCCACAUGUGGUAUUUAACAUAAAACAAAUUCAUUUUUAUCGGUUUGGCCAACAGAUCCAUCCAUUGCAAAUUGAUUAGAUCUAUAUGCAAUUAAUACUCAUGUAGUCAAUGGCGUUUUACAGUUUGCU